ACAACUUAUAGGCUGGACCGAAUAAUAAGCGAGAUGGAACUUUACUUUACAGUCACAAGAAGAGGAAGUAUUCAGUUACAAGUGUUGCUUCAAGUUCCUCUGAAGCGAAAAUAGGAAGUCUGAUGAUGACAGGAAAAAACAAAUCAACAUUAUCAAAAACGCACUGCCAUGAUGCCAACCACAGAGCUAUUUUUUCACAUUUAGAAGCUGCAGCUCAACCAAACGACUACCACUUUUUUACCAUUUUUUACAAGUUCACAGGAGCAGCAACGGUGAUGAGUGAUACUUUGGAGACAACCACAGAUGCCCCCGCCCUGUGUGCCGAUUCUGGAGCUGAAAGUUGUGCACAUGAAGAUGAACAGUCAGAUGUUGGUACCACUGACUUGUGCUGGGAGGAUGCUGGUCUGCCCAUGGAGCUCCAGAAAGGAAUGGAAAACCUACGCGUGAACAGGGAGCUGACCGAUGUGAUUCUGUGUGUGCAAGGAGAGGACUUCCCCUGUCACAGAGCUAUCCUCGCUGCUGCCAGCCACUACUUCAGGGCAAUGUUUUGCAGUGGUCUGAGAGAGAGCCAUGAAGAGCGAGUAGAAAUGAAAGGACUGGACAGUGCAACAAUGAGGAUUCUUCUGGACUAUACUUACACGGGCCGGGCUCUACUCACAGAAUUCAAUGUCCAGAGGAUAGUUGAAGCGGCCAGUCAGUUUGAGUUCCUGCGUGUGGUUGAAGCAUGUGCUGCCUUUUUGAGCAAGUCCUUACAGUUGGACAGCUGUGUCGGGAUUCUGAACCUGGCUGAGAGUCACGCCAUCCCCUCUCUGAAAGCUACAGCCCAGAACUUCAUCAUCUCCAACUUCACUAAGGUGGUAGCUCAGACAGACUACCUGGAGCUGCCUGCAAACGCUCUAGAAACUGUCCUGCAAAGUGACGAGCUCAGCGUUACCUUUGAGGAGUUUGUUUUUGAUGCAUUGAUGCGCUGGGUAAGAGCAAGGCCCGAUGAGCGCAGUCCUUCUCUGGGGAGGUUACUGGCAUGUGUGCGGCUGCCACUGUUGGAGCCGGCGUACUUUGUGAACAAUGUGGAGUCUGAUGAACUAAUAAGGCAGUGUAAGGAAGCAUUCCCUCUCCUACAAGAAACCCGCAAGUUUCACCUGUCAGGCAGAGAGGUGGUGUGUGAGAGAACCAAACCACGUGUCUCUCACUUCCUGUCCGAGGUGUUCCUGAUCAUCGGGGGGUGCACUAAAGACGAGCGCUUCAUCUCCACGGUAACCUGCCUGGACCCUCUGAGGCGCAGCCGGCUCGAGGUGGCACGGCUCCCCUUCACUGAGCUGGAGGACGAGACCCAAAACAAGAAAUGGGUGGAGUUUGCCUGCAUCACGUUUCGCAAUGAAGUUUACAUUUCAGGAGGCAAGGAGACACAGAAUGAUGUUUGGAAAUACAAUGGAGCCCUGGACAAGUGGAUACAGAUCGAAUCACUGUCAAUAGCUCGCUGGAGGCACAAGAUGGCCGUCCACCAGGGCAAAAUCUACGUGAUUGGCGGGUUUGAUGGAAACCAAAGACUUUCUAGCGUCGAGGCCUAUGACCCUUUUCAUAAUCGCUGGACACAGGUAACACCUCUUGCUGAAGGGGUAAGCUCUUUUGCUGCUGCCAGUUUUGAUCAGUGGAUUUAUGUGAUCGGUGGAGGUCCCAAUGGAAAGCUGGCAACAGAUAAGGUCCAGUGCUGGCAACCUGGGACCGACAACUGGGAGACGAGGGCGCCCAUACCAGUGGAAACCAAGUGCACUAAUGCGGUCACAUUCAAGGACUGCAUCUAUGUAGUGGGAGGAGCGAUGCAUGCGAUGUACUGCUAUUCCCCCCGAUCAGACUCCUGGUCCUUGGUCACUCGACUGGGGGAGAGGGCGAGCUGUGCCAUCGCCGCCUGCAACAACAAGAUCUUCAUCACUGGGGGAAGGGACAACAAGAACCAAGUCAUCUCUGCGGUGAUGUGUUGGGAUGUGAGCAAAGGACUGCUCACGGAGGAGUGCGUCUUACCCAUGGGAGUGUCCCAUCAUGGUAGUGUCACCCUCAUGAAGUCCUACACACAUAUACACAGGAUAUCCCAGGCUCCUGCAGAGAGUCAGAGAUGAGCACGAAUCACAACCAUGUAGUUGACUGAAAUAACA